AUGGGGAAGGAUGGUGGCAAAACUCCAGCCCAGAAUGGGGCUGCAGUCCAGUCCCCGUGCACCCCAGCUCAUCUCCCCCUACGCAUCUCCCGGGUCCCCCAUCCCAACAUCAGCAACGUAGUGUGCAGCGGUCCCGUGUGGCGUGGUCCUAGCGAUUCGUUCUGCAGCUCACUUCCCACCUCCCCAGCCUGCUUCCACGGGCGCUCAGUUCCCUGCCCUCUGCUGGGCACUGGGAAGGAAGCAAAACUCAAGAAGCAAAAGGACCGGAGAUGUGACUCGGGGCUGUUUGAGGCCCCCGGUGACCCGGCCCCGCCUGCUUCUCCAGGUCUGCAGCAGGAGGAGCACCCUGGAGGCACACGCCUCUGUCUCGGCUCCUGCGUUUCUCCUGUCCAAAUAUAUCUGUACUUUACUGAAGUCACCGACUCCGUGGCCUGCAGCCUGCAGGGCGAGGCUGUCCGGCAGAAGCUCCUGCGCUGCAGCACAGUGAGCACGCAGCCUGCGCAGGGCUGGCAGCCCCGCUGCGCACACCCUCGAAGCUUCCUGCCCGUCACAGGUGAGCGGCCCAGGCCAGAGCAGGUAGACGGGAUAGAGGGUGGCUUCUGCAUCUGCCCACCUGGGUUUGAAUCUCGGUUCAUCCCGCAUCGAGGUCAUCCUAACUCACUGGAGUCGCCACCAGUCAGUCAGGCUCGCGGUCCGGAGCAGACGGAAAUCGCCACCUCCCCUGCACAGGUGCGCCGCGACGGAACAACAGACGCGCCUGGGCUUGUCCGUCCUUCCCGGCCCAACGGAAGGCAGUUGGCCCGACCUGGCCUCGGCCCCGCUCGCGUUCUGGUGCUGCCCCCGGGCCAGAGGACGUGUGCAGCAGCCCUCGUCUCUAAAGGAAAACUAAAUCCAACUUUUGAGGUUGCAUUUUGCAACCAGCUGAUCUUGCGAACGAAACGACCUACGCAGUGUUUACCACGUCUGGAGCCGCGGGCGCUGGGGGCGGGGCAACCACGGGGGCUUCCAGCUCCGGCGGCGGGGACGGAACCCCGCGCCCGAUCCCGCGCCGCCCGGCACGCGCUGCCGUCGUCGGCGAGUCCCCCCGCAGAGGGAAGGGGCCGGGGUCUGCAGCUCGCCUCCGCCCUGCAACUCCCGGGUUCGGGGCGCACAGCGGCGGCCUGGGGGACAGGGGGUGCCGCCCGCCGGAGAGGACCGAGGAGGGCCAGCCUGCCGCCCCCGCCCCCCGCGCCCCCCAGCGCUCCCCACCGGCUGGGCUCGGCUGGGCUCGGCUGGGUUCGGCUAGGCUCGGCUCGGCCCGGCCCGCUCCGCUCGCUGGAGCCCCGCCCCGGCGCCUCUGUUUACUUCGCUGGGCCCCGCCCCCCGCGGCCCGGCCGCCCAAAGCGCGCGGUGCGAUUGGGUGAGCGGCCUGUCCGUCAGCGGGGACUUUCCCGGAGGUGGGGCUGCCUGGCCCGCACUUCCUUGUCCCGCGCCGCUCCCCCUUCUUCGGCGCCUCUGGAGUCCUCUGGAGGACCCGGUCUGGGACGCUUCCCUGCGCCUCUCCCCGACCCUCGUUUGGAAAUGCCAACACUGGGUCCUUUGGGGCCCCAGGAAGCCGUGGGGCUCACCGCACUGACCUGCACCGGGCUGGCUCCACAGCGGUCAGAGGGGCCUCGGCCUCCACACCUGCACUUCCGCCUGCUCUCCUGUGGACCUUGCCCCUGGGAGCUGGUGUUGCUGAUGCUGAGGAAGUACUAA